UGGCAGGCCGACGGUGGCCCUAACGGCUAACGGACGCCCGCUCGCGGCCGUUAGUGGCCCGGCUCGGUCGGAACCAGCCAGGGGCUAGGUCAAAACGACCGACCGGCCGGCCGACCGAGCGAACCAUGAGUCACUCACUCCUCUCCCCGAGCUCUCUUCUUCCUCUGUUUCCUCCGGCGACUGCGACACGGCGGCGCGAGGAUGCCUUCCUGGCCCAACAGCAACGAGACAUCCGACGCCGACGAUGACGAGUACAUGGAUGAGUACAGCAGCAUGCAAAUGGAGUAUUUUCAAACUCCUGACACGGUGAUAGAUCCAAGUUUCAGUGGGCUUGUGGUUGAAUCUGACCGUAAGUGCAUCCUGCACAGGCAGAGACCAGGCAGGUUUGUGGCAUUUGAAGGGACUGACACUGGAAGGAGAUUCAUUGGAUGUGCUACUAUGGAUGGUGUGAACUGUGGUGUUCUGGAGUGGGUAGAUGCCCCUUGGCCAGUAAUUCUGCAGAGGUGUUUAACCAAGCUGUGGGAUAUGUAUCAUGAGGAGAACCUUGGUAGAGUCCAAGACAAAGAAGCUCAUGGGAUAGAGGUUGAGAAACUGAAGAAGGAGCUGGAUUCUCUUGCCAAUCAGUACAGUCAGCUUGUGGAUGAUGUAUCCAAGCUGUUUGAUUACCAGGAUGGGCAGAAAUCCCAUGACAUGGAUUACACAAGCCAUGAACUUAAGGAGAAGAAGCAUCAGCUUGAGGAGCAGGCAAAGAUUGAGGUUCAAAUGGAGAAGCUUAAGCUGAAGAAAGAACAGAGGUGCAUCCUGCAGAGUCAAGCUGAUAUCAUUCAAAACACUAGGAAGGCCAUGAAGGAGAUACAAGUGGAGAGAGACCUCCUUAAAGAAGAGAAGAAGAAGCUGGAGCAUGUCAUUUCUGAGGUACUGAAGGUUGGUCAUGGGUCCAAGGAAAAGCUGGACAAGAUCAAAGAAGUUGUCAUGGAGGAGUGAUUUUUUAGGCAUGGUUGGUAAGUAAAUAUGAGGCCUCUAUAUAUAACUGGCCUAGCAAUGAAGGAGUCUGAUGCAAAUAUGCAUCUCAUCUGAUGCAAAUAUGCAUCUCAGUACUAAUAUUAGCUAAUGAACUGCCUAAGCCUAAGAACUGCCUAUGGUUUCAGAUCAUUUUGGUUGUGGUGUGGGGUGCUGUUAUGGCCCUGAUCUGUAAUGCUCUAAGAUGAUGUUAUC